CGUUUGUAAUACUCUUAGAACUGAUGUCACAUGCAAAGGCAAGGACAUCACAAGGAGGAGUCAGAUUACUGUAAGAAUGGGCAGUGCAGCGUGCAGGCAAUGCUAGAUCAGACAGGGGAUUGGAACAGGGAUAAGACUUGCUGCUCAACAUUCAUCCUAAACACAAGAAAGCACUGAUCACCGUGCCAGUGCUGAGGACAUUUGCACCUCCUGAAGCAUGAGAGAUCCCUGCUGCACAUGACGGGCUUGUGCUGGAGUUAAUGCACAAUAGAGAGCAGGCAGCCUUGUGAUUGGAAUGAGAAACAUAAUGUAUUUUGGUGGUAUGUGCCAGAGCCCAGCUCUUUCUGCGCUGCUCCGCCCCCCACUCCCAACCAUGCAACCUCCACUGGACCUAAAACAAAUCUUUCCAUUUUCUUUGGACAGUACAGCGGCAAUUAAUCUCUUCCCUAACCUUAACCUGAUGGACCCAGUUCAAAAAGCAGUCAUAAAUCACACAUUUGGGGUACCCUUACCGCAACGAAGAAAGCAAAUCCCCCCCUGCAAUAUUUGUCAGCUGAAAUUUAAUUCUGAAAGCCAGGCUGCAGCACACUACAAAGGCACUAAACACGUCAAGAAGCUCAAAGCACUGGAAGCCAUGAGAAUUAAGCAGAAAACUAUUUCUAUCAAGGACAAUGCAAAGACUAUCUUCAAUUCCAUCCCUACCAUCAAUGGCAACUCGGAAAAAACAGAAAUUGCCCCAGGAAUCCCAGCAAUAUCAACAAGUACAACAUUAGAAAUAAGAAAAAUCAGUGUUAUGACAACAGAGACCACCUCAAAGGUUGACAAGAAAAUCACUCUGGUAACAAGCAACAGCAUAUGCCCUUCAGGAGAGACUGAGGAGGAAAAGGCUAAAAGACUUCUUUACUGUUCACUAUGCAAAGUCGCUGUCAACUCUGCCUCACAGCUGGAGGCUCACAACAGUGGUACAAAGCACAAAACCAUGGUGGAAGCUCGAAAUGGAAGUGGCACCAUUAAAGCAUUUCCCCGAGCCGGAGUAAAAGGAAGAUUGCUUAUCAGCAAAGGGAACACGGGCCUUCAAAACAAAACAUUUCACUGUGAAAUCUGUGAUGUCCAUGUCAAUUCUGAGACUCAGCUUAAACAGCACAUAAGUAGUCGAAGGCACAAAGACAGAGCAGCUGGGAAGCCACCAAAACCUAAAUAUAGUCCCUACAAUAAAGUACAGAAGACAGCCACUCCAGCUGUGAUAAAAUUAGCUUUUUCCAAACAGCGUCUAAAGCCAUUAACAACACGGAUCCUACCAAAUCCACUGGCGGCAGCUGUGGCUGCUGCUGCUGCCGCUGUGAAUUCACAUUUCAGUCUCCGAACUGCUCCAGCAGCCUCACUAUUCCAAACUUCAGCACUUCCUCCAGCACUUCUGAGGCCAGCUCCUGGGCCAAUACGGACCACCACUCACACACCUGUUUUGUUUGCUCCUUAUUGAACUUCAAGCAGGGAUGACUGUACUGCAAUAAUUUUUUUUUCCAAAACUAAAUAAAAAAAUAUAUAAAAGAACUAUGCAGUUUUAUUUAUAGUUUGAAAUCUAAACUAAGCCAGAACUUUUAAUAGCAGAAAAUACUGGAGAUAAACAAGAAAGGUUGUAUUUUCUAUGAAAGCAUUCUCUAAUGUGCAGUUUUCACGUUAAAUUGCUGUAUCAUGU